CACACCCACUCCCCAAAUCCACAGGGUCCUCCGCGCCUCCUGAUUGGUCGGGGAUGAGGCAACAAGGGGGGACGGAAACAAUGUCAUCAUGUCGCCUUAAAAAGAGUGCAGCUAUGUUGUGGAGAAAGCAUCUCAGGAGGACAACGGAGGAUCUGUAGCAGGAAGACGCAAACAAACAGGCGCAUCAGAUGUUUGUGCCCGCGAGCAGCUGAAAGUCAGUGUCUUCUCCUCCAAGUGCCUCCAGCUCCGCGUCCAGCGCGAACAUGCCCAGAGGGUUUUUGGUGAAGAGGAACAAGAGAACCAACCCGGUGUCCUACCGGGUUCGGUCGGACGAGGUGGACGUGGAGCGAGCAGCGCCUUCCUCCUCCUCCUCCUCCUCCUCCUCCUCCUCGCUCCCCUCCGCGCCGGUGCGCGCACGGACGCCGACGCCCACCUGCGGGGCGGCGGCCACGGCUCCGGAGCCGGACGCCAGGCCGGUGCGGUUCGGGAACCCCGAGGCGCUGCACCCGGCGCUGAGCAGCCCCUCCCGCCCCGUGAGCCACGACCACGACCGCUCCUACUUUGACGCGCGCUUCAGCCUCGGGUCGCCGGUUUCCGCCGAGUCGUUCCCCACGCCUGCCGCGCUCACCGCUUUGGACCAUCUUUUCGCCCCGGUUGACCUGAAGAUCGUCUCCAGCAACAGCGGCCGCACCGACACCGCUGCCGCGUGCGCCGGGACGCUCCCCGCCGCCCGAACCAAGCGUCCGUGCGGCGACGCCGAGCGCAAAGGGAAACCCGCGUCCAAGAAAACCAAAGCAAUCCGGAAACUGCACUUUGAGGAUGAUGUCACCACGUCCCCGGUUCUGGGGCUCAAAAUCAAAGAGGCGCCGGUGGAGCAGAAGCCGCCCGGAGCGGACCACCCCCCGCUGGGCGAGUUCGUGUGCCAGCUGUGCCGCGAGGCGUACGCGGACCCGUUCGCUCUGGCGCAGCACAAGUGCUCCAGGAUCGUGCGGGUCGAGUACCGGUGUCCGGAGUGCGACAAGGUGUUCAGCUGCCCGGCCAACCUCGCCUCGCACCGGCGCUGGCACAAGCCCAAGCCGCCGAGCGCCGCGCACGACGGCGACGGCGACGGCGACACGGCGGCCUCGUCCAGUAAAGCGGCUCCGGACGAAGCCAAGGAUCCCGGCGACAGGGACACGCCGAGCCCCGGACCGUCCGAGUCCGGCUCCGACGAAGGCUUGUACGACUGCAGCCACUGCGGCAAGAGGUUCAAGCGCGUGGCGUAUCUGCGCAAACACGCGGCGUCACAGCACGGCUCCGCGAGGCCGGAGGAGCGCGAGGACGCGCGCAGCCCGGCGCCGCUCAACCUCAGCGCCUCCACCCCCCCCGCCCCCCACCCGUGCCCGGUGUGCGGGGAGAGCUUCGGCACCAGGGGCGGCCAGGAGCGCCACGUGCGCCUGCUGCACUCCCAGGCGUUCCCCUGCAAGUACUGCCCCGCCGUGUUCUACAGCUCCCCGGGCCUCACGCGGCACAUCAACAAGUGCCACCCGUCCGAGAACCGGCAGGUGAUCCUGCUGCAGAUGCCGCUGCGCCCGGCCUGCUGAUGGGCCGGCCCGCUCACCCGGACCGCCGAACCGGCCGAGGAGCUGUGGUUGAAGUGUGAGUCAGGUAAAACACCUGAAGCCCUCAUUUGAGGAGAUAUUCGGGCAAAAAGAGAAAAUGGAACCUGAAUGGUGUGUUUGCAGUGUAGCUCCUCGGUUUAGCAGAGCUCACACUGGCCUGCAGCAGGCAGGGAAUCAGUGCCUUGCUCAAGGACACUCCAGCAGACGGCGGUGGAAGCACCUAUAAAGCGUUAGACUGUUCAUUUAUUUUUCUAGCAUCUCUGCACAAGUGCUAUUAGCUUCUAGACCUAAGAGGGGGCGAGCGUAGCCGUACAGCCCGACGUCACAGCUCUGAGCAGACCGUGUCCCAUCACUAUGAUUAGCUUUAACAUAGCUUGUGGAUCUGUGCAUCAGUAGCUGUUGCCUGAAAUCAGUAAAACUAGUGUAGCCGGUGAUGCCUUCGGAUUAGAACCUGCUGUAAAACUGCCUUAAACUGAUGGGAUUGGUUUGGAUCACUUAUUUAUCAUGACUAUUGUCUCCAGAGCCUUCUGUGUUACCACUGUACCGUAUUUUCAGCUCCUUUUCUAUUUAUUUAUGUAUUUAUUAAAUUAUCUGUGUAAAUUAUUGCUCUGUGUGCUCAAACCUGUGAUCUGUCACUGUGUUUUUCAUGACGUAGCCAAAUUGGUUUUACUUUGUUUAAUUUAUUGGAACCGGUGUGAGGAUGCUGUGUUGAAGUGAUUAUAGCAAUCAGUGAGUUGAAUAAAUAACUUAAUGCAAUCAUCAUUUGAAUGUUCUCCUUAUGUUCUGGGCUCUUUGUAAACCUCAGCUCUUACACUGCUUUGGAUGUUUCUGCAGUUUGUUGCUAAAUGUCCAAAAAUAAUAAAAACCAAAAAUCACAAA